UUUCGAUUAAUCAGUUAAUCGAUGAAAGCCGUAAACCAAAAGCGAUUAUUCGAUUAAUGGCUGGAAUGACGAAUGAUUAAUCGUUAAUCGAAAAAGCAAUUAAUCGACCAUUCCUACACGCCGCCCGAGGCCUGAGAGAGGCCGCCCACGUGGAGGAAGAAAGAACUAGGAAAGAGCAUUACUUCAGGCAGCAAGUCUUGGCUAGCGAACUCGCCGUCAAGCCACUUCUCUCGCUUUUUACCUCGCAGAAUAGGGCCAGCACGUGACCCCGUAGACACAGCGUAUUGGCCGAUAAUGCUUGGUUUCCAGUAGUUUUAAAUCGAUGCACACCCGUUCAGCUGCGCUGCUGGCCUGCAGAGCGGGAGCAGUAAAACCUACCGCGCGCUCUGACGUGGCGAUCACGUGUGCGAUCACUCUCUCCCAAUUUUUAUUUCCUCCAUGCCCGCUCCUCCUCCCAGUCUCCGUCUACCGCCUCCGUCUCCAACCUUUGUGUGCUGGUUGGCCAUUGGCGUGAACACGUGGGGGCCGCUCUAUGUCUUGACGUUGCGAUUGCAUUUUCGUGGGUGUUGCUGCGUUAACUUUGUCAGGCCAUAAUGCCAUGUGAUCGCAAGAGAAGUGCGGUGUGGACAUUGUUCACUGAAGAUGCGAAGACGAAGAAUGCCAAGUGUGAUAAAUGUGGUAGGCAGUAUUCUAAGCCGGCGACGGAAACCCUGCGGUACCAUCUGCUGCACGCCCACUUAAUUCAAGUGCCAAAGGGGCGACCUACAAGGAAAGGUGACCAUGACGACGAUGUCGACGAUCCUCCUCCUGCUCGGGGCGCCAGUCAGCCAGUCCAAGUUGAACAAAAUGUUGCUGGCUCGCCUGCAGCAACUGGGGCCAUAACUAUAGAACCCACUAGUGGAACUCCAAGCCCUCUACGCUCUGUUUCUUUCUCGUCCGCGGGACCCACGGAAAAGUGUCUAUCCAGUGCUACCGCAUUUGCAAGAGGAGGAGCACGUGAUGAGCAUGCUACUGAUGCUCUCGGAUACAUGAUCGCACAUGACGAGUUGCCUCUGAGCACGCCCGACAAGGAUGGCUUCAAGACGUUCGUGAAGGUAUUGCAGCCACUCUACGAGCCUCCCACUGAAGCUACCGUCACAAAGUGCCUCGAGGCAAAGUACGAGGAGCUCGGAGCACAUUAUGGAUGGAGAAUUGAAGCAGCUGAUUAUCUGAACCUUGCAGCUGAUCUUUGGACACAUGGAAGUACGAUGCGGUCGUACCUGGGCCUCACGGUUCAUUUUAGAGAAGGCAAAUUUCUUCUGAAAAAUUUGAUAAAUGAGAAACGGUUUUCCUUUGCCAUGACGCGUAACGAGAUUUUCUGUGCCUACGCCUAAUAUACAAUGUUUUGCCCUUUUAGGUACCAAACUAGUGAGUGUGGAAACUGGAGUUAAGUACACGCCAGAAAGAAAAACAAUUUUGAAUCUGCGCGUGGCAAUGCGCGAAUUGUGCGACGAGUGGAAUAUUGACUACAAGAAGAUUCGGGCUGUCAUCACAGAUGGUGGGCAGAAUAUUAAGGCAGCUGUCCGCGAAGAAUUUGGUGCCGAUAAGCACAUUUCCUGUGUAGCUCACCUUCUGAACCAAGUAGGUCAAGCUGCCAUUGGUCUAGCAGUGUCCAAAGCCCCUUCGGAACUUGAAGCACACGAGGUUGUGGUGGUCCCGGAAAAUGAAAAAGAUGCUGAAUUUGUGCUGGAGGACGUCCCUGAUGACGAUGCCCUCAACGAUGACGGCACACCCCUUGUCGAACUUCGGCCGCUGCUGAUGAAGGUGAAGAGGAUCGUUCGUUUCUUUCGCACCAGCAAUGUUGCGUCACGAAUGUUGGUGGAAAUGCAGCUCCAGGACGGCAAGCAGGAGCAUGAUGCGCUGAAAUUAAUCCAGGAAGUCAGGACCAGGUGGAAUGCUUGCUAUUACAUGUUGGAACGCUUCUUGAAUUUGACAGAGCCUGUCAGCCAGGUCCUCUUACAGCUGCCGAGGGAAAGUGGAGCCACUCGGCGAAAGCCGCCAAAUCUACUCUCUGGUGACCAGCUUGACGUCCUUCGCGAAGUAAAGGACCUACUAAAGCCUCUGGAGGAAGCCACGCUUAUGGUUUCGAAGGGCCGUUCCGUGACACUCAGCGAUGUAAUCCCCGUGGUGUACGGCUUAAAGCAGGGUAUCCACACCUUUCAGCCCAGUCACCCCAUCACUUUCAAUCUGCAGCAAAAGCUGCUCUCAGAAGUGAACACGCGAUUUAGUGACAUCGAGUACCGGCGCCCAUACGCUGCCGCGACGAUUUUGGACCCACGGUACAAGAAGUAUGUUUUCGAACAUCCUCACGCGGUGGCAUUGAUCGUCCGGCACUUAAGUGGAAAAGUUGCUGAAAAGGUUGGUGCUGCCGGCCGUGCUCUAGAAAAGGAUCUUGCUGGGCCGAAUACGGCGCCUCCUCCUUAUGGCAUCUGGGCCGCCGUUGACCAGGCACUUCGCCGCAGCUGCACUGGUACAAUGGGUCAAGAGUCGGAAAGCCAAAUGCCUUCGCAAUUCAAGGCGUACUGCAACAGCCCAGUCGUUGAUCGUUGCGCCAAUCCCAGCUCACUGGAGACGUGGUACAGCAUGCGUGUGGGCUUGGAGCAUGUAUUUGAAGUGGCGAUGGAGUUUUUGUCGAUCCCAGCAACAUCUGUAGCGUCGGAGCGGCUAUUCUCACAUGCUGGUUGGGUGGCCAGUCAAAGAAGGUGCCGGCUGUCACCCGAACUCUUCAGCCAACUAACAUUCCUUCGCUCUGUGGAAAAGAGCAUGUGGUUCAAAAACAUAAACGGGUAAUGUUCUUCUAUCCCUAUGCAUAUUGCAAUUUUUUCCGUGCUCUAGUUGGACCUCAGCUUUCACCUGUGCCAUAUUUCUCAUUACGUGUUUAACUUUACUGUACAGUGGUUCAGUAAAUGCCAUUCAUCCUAUUUUUUUGUUUAAUUCUGCAGUGUUUCACUCAAUAAGUGCCAUAUUUAACAGAUUAGGCAUUAUUCUUUAGGAAAUGAUUAUACAAUUGUUUUGCUUACCUGGCUCCACCCUUCAAACAUUAAAUAUUGGGACUUAGCUGAGUAGAUAACUGUGUUUCAGUCUUUCUAACACGCCCGAAAAGAUUAAGUCGAUUAAUCGAUGAAAAACGUCGCAUCGAAAGCGAUUAAUCGAUUAGACUAAACCGACGAACAAUUAGUCGUUACUCCAUCAAAAAAUAAUAAUCGACCAUCCCUAUAGAGUGCCCCUGCAAAAUGCGGGGACCAGACUCGCUGCGCGGUGCACGGAUGGCCAAGCCGUAGCUGUCGCUCUCAUUAAUCAGUGUUGUAAUGCGUUUAACCCUUGUUAAUUAGUGAACGAAUAA